AUGCAGUCGGUGAGCGGGGCUCUGCUAGCCAUUCUGACCAUCAUCCUGCGUGACGCUGCUGAACGGCAGUGGACAGCGGGUCCCGCGAUCCCUGCAGCUGAUUGCGGUCCUUGGUCUGCGCCACUCGCCCCCUCGCGCGUGGAGGUGACCUGCGCGGAGGCGGUCCUGCAGCCCGACAUACUGGAGGAGGUUGCGAGGCGCCUCAAGACAGAGACUGGCGAGUGUAGGACGGACGAGCACGACAUCAGGCUGAUCGCCACCACCACGCUGGGCUUGUGCGGAGGCCAGGGAUUCAUCUUCAUGGCGCUCGUCGCAGCACGUCGACCACUGCACCUGUCGGACACAGGAAGGCCUCCUUCGGUGCAGGAGUUGUCGAGUAGCCUCCGCCCUGGGUGCUUAAUGGCCAUCGAGUACGGGGCGGAGGAUCUGUGGCACGAGAGGGUCGCCGUGGGCCCUGGACUUCAGAACGCGGAAGGGCUAGUCACCAGCUGGUGGGUGCUCACUCCAGAUGGGGACUUCUACGAGGAGGAUAUCUCGAUGGAGGCGGAUGAGGGGAAGAGAAUGAUGCUCCUGGACAUGGGCAAGUGUUUGUACAGGUUCGAGGACGGAACCACUCCUGCCGACGCCCGCGUCCGCCAGGAGGCCCAGCAGGCCGCGGCGCGGAUGCGGGCAGUAGGACAGGAACCGCCCGCCCUCACGCACUACGUCACCACGGAGAGCGAGCUGGCUCCCCUGCGUGGCGUGGGGCGGCGGCUCCGACGGCGUGACGCUGAGCCUGCUGCCGCGGUCGACGGGGCCGCCACGCCGGUGCUGCCGCCUCCCUCCGAGGCUCCCGCGGUGGAGGACGCUGGAGUCCUCGACGGCCGCGAUUCGGUGGCGCCGUACCUGGCGGUGUUGCCUGAGCGCGCGGCCCCUCGCGACGGCCGGGUGUGGCUCAUCUCCGAGAACGCCGAGGGCCACGAGACGCUGGGCAUGGAGGCGACGCCGCGUGCUGGCGACAUCUUCGUGACGUCGACAGACGGCCUCGUCCACAGGCACGGCUCUUUCUUGCGGGUCCAGGCCGUGCCGAAUGCUGAGUGCGCGGAGUUCGUUCAGGGACUACGCGCUCGGCGCGGUGGCACGGCGGCGGCGGCAGGCCCCUCGGCGCUUCGAGCUCGGGCUUCGGACCCACCACCAGCGCUGGAGGACGACGUUCGCACGCUCUGGGUCGACUACGACGAGGUCGGCGAGAGGUUCAAGAGCUGGAAGAAGGCCGUUCAGGAGGGCUGGGAGGAGCCCAUCACCGCGGUGCAGGUUCAGGGCCCGCCAGGGGCUUUGCACCUCGCUCGGCACAUGGCGCGGCGCGGCGGAGACCCGCGGCGGUGGUGGCAGGAGUUCGCCCGUGGCAACGGCAUCUCCAAGUCGGAUCGAGUGCAUCGUAAGAUGAUUUCCUUGACGGAGAGCUACAAUCUCUUCGGCGAGUACGACCAGCUCAACUUGGGCGCGUCGGCGGGCAUCGAUAAGAUCGCGCGGGGGAUGCUGGGCGUGAUCGACGCCUACUCUGCCGGCGGCGGCGUUCCUUCGUGGCGCAUGGCUGCCGCGUGCGAGGGCGAAGCCAACUGCGGGGGCGCCAUCGCGCCCGCCUUGCGCAAGUGGGGCGUCAACAAGCUGACGGGCCAUAACGAGAUUGAGAGUACUCGGACGCGCUGCUGCCUGCGGCAGAGGGCGCUAACUCUGGACGCGGGCAAGGUACCGUUGAAGGUGGACGAGGGCGCGGGCGCGGACGCGGCGACGCGGACGCGGUGGGGGAUUAUCGGGCGCGUGCGCGCCCUCGCCUCUUCGAGCAGAUCCCGCUGGCCCUUCCUCGGUGAGAAGCUGCUCCUGCUGCUGGCGGUAGGCGUCUCGGGCGGUUCCGUGCUCGUGAUCGUAUCCGACAGCUUGUUGAGGUCGGGCCCCGGCGGCCGCGACGGUGACGCGCCCGCGCGGGGGGCGGCGCCCCAGCUGGACGAGAACCCGACCAACUCAGAGGCGCUGGCGGAGCUUCAGGCGCGGGAGGGCGCUCGAGACUUUUACGAGCCGCCAGCAGCGGCCCUUCGGCCUGGGACAUGUUGGUCCUUGGCGCCUGGGCGCGAGCGCGCCGGUCUCUUUUCUGUUCGCGAGAAGAACGGGAAGCUCCGCCUCAUCUUCGACGCGAGGCGCGCCAACAGGGGCUUCUCCUGGGGCACGUUCCUUGCGCGGGACAUCGACGAGGAGGUCGCCGGCCUGGUCCUCGAGCGCGGGGAGUUGCUUCGCGGCAGGGGGCGGCCGCUCGCCCCCACUGCGCGGAGCGUCGACGCCUCGAGGGCCCGUCACUACAUCUACGUGAACAACAUCGGGGUCUUCGGCUCGGACGGCAACGUCGCGGCAGCCAGGUUGGAGGACGUCUGCGGGGCUUUCGAGGCGAGGGGCCUCGCCGUGCACGAGGUCGCCACCUCCGACUCUGGCGUUGAGGCGCUUGGCGCGCUGCUGGACGGCCGUCGCCGACGCACCGGGCUGACGGCCAAGCGCUUCUGGCGGGUGCGAGGCGCCUCGCUGCUUCUGGCUGGACGGCGUCGCGCUUCGGGCCGCCAGGUUGAGGUGGCCCUGGGCCGCGCCACGUUCUGCGGGCUGGUGAGGCGAGAGACGCUUUCGGCGUUCGCCACCGUGCGCCCCUCCAUCAGGAAGCACUACGACCAGCCUGUCGCUUUGUGGCCGUCGGUCGCUGACGAGCUCAGGGUUUUCGCCGGGCCCAUGGCGCUGCUGGUCUCGCGCUGGGAGUCCGACUGGAACCCGCUGGUCGUGGCCGCGGGCGUCUCGGAGACGGGGUGCGGCAUUUGCCCCCGUUGUUUCGACGCCCGCGAGGUCGCUGCCAUUGGUCGCUGCCGCGAGCGCGACCGCUACCUCGCCGAGGAUCACGCGGGGGCCCGCGCGGCCGCCCUGGGAGAGACCUCGCCGCCCGCGGAGCCGUUGGGCGUGGCGGGGCGCCUGGGCCGCGACGGGCUGACAGCCGACCCGUGCUUCGACGAGGUGUCCAGCUCCAUGACGAAGCAGUCUAGCUGGGCGGUGGUCGGGGGCUGGAGGUUCCGCGAGCCCGAGGACAUCGUGGUCCUCGAGGCCCGCGCGAUGCUGCGUGGGAGCCGCGACAGAUUUGGCCGCAACAUUCGCCGGCUCCUCUUUGCGGAUAACCUCGGGCUCGCGCUUGCAGUCAGCAGGUGGCGAUGCCGCAAUUUCAAAGUUCUGGCCAUCCUGCGCAGCUCCCGAGUGGCGGGGGCCAAAGGGACCGCUGGCGCGAGAGCCUUGGCUCGGAGCGCCUCCCAGCCCGAUCUCUCGGAGGCCGGGGCGCGGCGCUUGCUGGGGCAGCUUCGGGCCCCCGUCAACUCUGACCCGCGGUUCGCAGAGGCUUCGAGCUCCGAGAGCGAGGAGGCGGACGCGGAGGUUCACCAGUUCAGCACCUUUGCCAACGUCAGUCGGGUGACCGACAUCCCGCUGGAGACCUUGGGCGACCUGGCGCAGCGCAUCGGGCAAGGAGUCGCCGCCGCGCGCGACAUGAAGCUCCUGGCGGGGGCGGUCCACGUCCAACCCAAGGCAGGGGAACAGGGGCCGCGCGCGCUGCGGCGCAAUUGGAGGGCUCUGAAAGGGCGGCAGAACCUGAGUCCUUCGACCUCGCGGCUGCCAGAAGCGCGGCCGAUCUGGUGCGCCGUGGUCAAUGGGCUGCGCAGCCUUCGCCGCUCCGGCAUGGCCUUCUUCAUCUGCCUCACGUGGAGCGCCUACGCUCGGCCGGUCCAGCUGAUGGCCCUCAGGCCCGAGUUCCUGCGCGCCCCGAGUCGGGAGUUCGACGCCACCAUCGAGCUGGACCACUCGUGGUGGGCCGAGAUCGCCCCGAUGCUGGACGCCCUCAAGUCCAGACCACCUGGGGAGAGGGUUUGGACGCCCAGCUACCCCCAGCUGGCGGCCACCGUGCAGGAGGUCGCGCAUGGCUUGGGGUUCAACCUGGUGGUCUAUCAGGCCAGGCACAGUGGCGCCAGCUCGGACAUGUCCCCCCGCAGGCGCACACUAGCGGAGGCCUACCUGUCCCUCAUGGCCAGCGCCAAGGCUGGCCAGGCGGGCGCCGAGUCCAGAGCGGCUUCCAGCGACUGCGGCGCUGGACUGCCAGCGCUGGCCGGGCCCGCCCACGACUUCGUGCUGCGGGACCACAAGGCGCUGGUGCGGGCGGCGUUCGAGCGGGACAGCGUGGACCUGCAGGCGCGCCCCAGGGUCGAGAGCCUCGAGGCAGGGGCCAGUGCGGACGGGGGUCAGCCGGAGCGGAUCUUGCAGAGCCCAGGGUGGCGCCGACACCGGGCCGGCGCGCAG